AUGAAUACAUUAGAGCAUUAUGAGUCAAUAUCUUGUUUGAAAGGGGACAACGUCUUAGAGCCUGGCUUCACCGAGGUGGAAGACAAUUACCAUUUUAGAGAAGAAGGAAAGUCCAUGCGAAUUAGGAAUAUAGAUGAAGUACGGCAUGAUAUAUGUAUCCCAAAGAAGCGCCCAUUGCUUUUCUAUUACGUUGGGAUGCACAAGGGUACCGUCGGAAAAUGGUGUUUCCCGUUCCGAUAUAAUACUGAUGCUUUGAAGUACGAUACUGCGUUAGGCAGAGACAUCAAGAAUGACAAAAGGGUUCCUCAGGACUACAGCAUGUUCCAAUGUGAAACGUCUGCUGCACAUGUUGACCCCGAGCACAUGAAUGAGCUGCCUUCGAGAGAUCCAGAUACCUUGGACGAUUCCGAUAUUGAGAUGCUUGCUGAACAAGAAAUGAGCAGAAAGAAAAAACCCAAAAUGGGUAGCAUUUUAAAAUCUGAUGGUACGCAAUUAGAAAGCACUUACCUUAUUGUUGGGGAAGAUUUCUUCCAGUUGAGUAACUCGCAUCUUGUCACCAAACUGAAGGGAGGAAUUGCGGAUUGCCAAGUAAUUCGCCCAUCUCACCCUCCUUCAAAAGAAUUGAGCUCAGAAUCCUGUGAUGACAUUCUUUUGGUUAUGCAAGAUGACGGUUAUCUUUUGUCAAUAUCCCCGAUGAAACGUUACGGUCAGAUGAAAAAUCCCUCGAAAGUGUUGCAAUACUGGAACUUAGGCGUUGGCAAGAAACGGAAAAUUAUCAAGAAUACUUUCAACGAAAAUGAAUUUGUUGUGAUCGAUUUCGAAUCUGGGGUUGUUAAAUUUUUUUUGUUCGUAAGCUACUGGAAGAUAAAAUUGGUAAACUCAUUAAUUCUAGAUAAUGCUGAGAUCAUGACCGCGAUUUUUUGCAGAAACCUGAAUAGCGUGCUAGUUCUUUCCACCAUAAAAGCAGACAGAAUUGUUUACUUUGUAAUUGAAUGGAACGCUCAAAAAAAUCCACGGGAUAAGUUCAUAUCACAGGUAACCGACCUACAGGGUAUACGAAUUGACGGAUGUAUCCCUUUUGGAAACUUUCAAUGUUUAACAUAUUCAGAAGAUCGUAUCCAACUGCUCUCAAUAUCGAACAUAAUAUCCGGUCAACCGAAUUCCCAUAUAAUUAAAGUCUCAGCAUUAAGGGGGAUUCGACACUGGUUCGAGGAUGUUGGUGUCAUUGAACGAUUAAAAUAUGUGCAUCCCAACAAAUUCAAGGACUGCCAGUAUUCUGUACUUAUUUCAACAAGCACAGGAACCAUUUGUUGUGCAGUUAUAAAUCAAACAGAUGAAGUUCACUUUUACGCCUUAACAAGGUUCAAAGGUUUGAGAAACAUAUGUGUUUGUAAAGAACAGCCCAAUGAAAUGAAUCUUUACAAUAUUGCACUUAGUAGUUUUAAUAGGACGGUCAUUCUUACCAUCAACUUACACGAACUAGUGCCACUGCCUUUAAAUUCCACUUCUUUCUCCUACCCGUCUCCAGAAUCUAUUCAUUCGAAAAGAACAAUAAAUGCAGGCAGCAACCCCAAUGGUAAAUUAGUUCCUGUACCAUCUAAAAAUGAGGUUUGGAUAGGUAGUAGUUCGUCUUUGCUUCAAUUGUCUCCCGUUUUCGAAAUUUCGCAGAGAAAAACCAAGCAGUGUGCUCCGCUUAUUGAAACGUUUCAAGUCUUUACUAAGAUUGAAUACAUCCCAGGAAAUGCUCUUGUUGGCAAACAAAUGGUAUGGGGAACAGACAAUUUCAGCAUGACCAAGUGUUUUGCAUUGGAGAAAGAGGGAGAAGAGACGUAUUUGGUGGAAUUAUUUGACUUGUUACCAGCUUACAGUACGGCAACCCUUUUCAUCAAAAUAUAUAAUGACUUUGUUAUCCAGAUUGUUUCAAAUUCUGUGCUGGUUAAGUCCUUUGAAGGAGCAGGAGAAACAAAGGUUAUUUUCCAGUCAGCUGAUGGUUUUGAUGGAGCUGUGUUCGAUAGUGACAAAGUUAUUCUGUGGAAUAUCGAGAAGAAAAGCGUUUUCUACAUUGAUGACUUGAGAUUAGGAGAUAAAUGCGAGGUUAGGAGGAGCGAGUAUUUCAAUCCUAUUCUUGAAAGAAAUCAAACUAAAGAUUUUGAAAUUCAGAUAAACCACAGUUUUAUCAAUGACAGCCGCGAUUGUUAUGGCGACUACAGCCAGAUUGAUGAAACUCUUGCCACAAAGCAGCUCUAUGUCAUAUUGAAGUCUGAUGAAAUGAUAUACUAUACUCAGUGGUCAGAUUUUCUUGGUCCAGCUCCUUUUAAAAAUGGAAAGAGCUUGCUCAACGAAGAUAGAGCUACAAAACUUGUUUUCUGUAACCCAUAUUUUCUAUGUUUUAUGGGGUACAAUCCAGAUGCUAGUAUCAAUAUCAAAGUUGGAACGUUGCAUAGUAAAUGGGUAAGGAAUGACAUACACUUGCCCUCCUUUAAUAUUGGAGAAAAUAUUCAAAUGAAGAGAAUGAACGAUCAUUGCGUAUUAUUGUUCACAUCCCAACGUGUGUUCCUAAUCAGAAACAAUCAAUCAACGUUUCAGUGUGAGGAGGUUAAAUUACCGUAUCAAGGAAGUAACAACUAUAUUUCCGAUAUCACAUUUGAUGAAAAGGGCACUAAUUUAUUCAUAUUAUAUGGUGAUGGCAUGCAAAUCGUUCAUCUAACAUACAUUACGUGGAACAAAAAUGAUUACUUAUUGAGGAAUACGAGAUGCAUUAAUAAAGACUUCGUGUAUUUGGAUAAACUUAGCAGGAUGCUGGUGUUGAAUAAAGACAACAAAGAUUGGUACUGCUUGAAACUUGAAACGGGGAAAAUUGUUCCUCUACCGACAAACGAUUUAGAAGGUGAUAAAAUACAGAGUAUUGUUGAAGUUCCAUCUUUGGAGGGAGACUCUAAUUUGAUUAUCGUCUUUCAAUCCAUGAUAAAAUACGUUAAAUUGGUCACGAAAGGUCGUAAGAUCAAAGUGAAGGAGGUAGCGUCGUUCAAAGUCAAUUCAUUACUCAAAAGUAGAAUAUGUGUCAAUCCGGAAAAAGGAACGAUAGUGAUAUUGGAGGUCAAUUCCCAGCAGGACAUUUUCCAUCAGUUUCUAGUUGGUCAAGAUAGUCUCAUUCCUAUGCAUACGAUGUCCUUCUACGGUAAAGGUGAAGUAACAGAUUUCUUGGUUUGUGGGAAUAACAUCAUUGUCUCUGUCGAUCGGUCAGAAACGUUAUGGGUCAUCAAAAAUUUUAAUGGUUCCGAGGUACUCACCAAUGAAAAGUGCCUUGACGGGCAAUUAAUACAACUACCUGCCCCGAAAGCUCAUUUAUCGAAAUUGGUGCAAAUUAAUGAAUCGACUUUUGCGGCAAAUUUUGAUGAACCUUUCAGCCGCGAUGAUGUAAGCAAGUUGGCACUUUAUGACAUUAGAAAUGUGAGGAAACGCACGGGACUUACAAUCGCCCUGUCACAACUUUCUGUCGAGUCAUCUAUAUUUGAAAACUUCUUGGAUAAAGAGAUAUCAUUAGAGUUCAACGAUGGUGAUAUAAAUGGGAAAACGUUACAAUACGAAACAUUAUCUCCAGAAGAUCCUUAUUUUUGUCCCAAGUCUCCUACUAAUCAACCUGACUUCCAUAUUUUUCUUGGUUUCUAUUUGAUGAAAGGUCGCAAACCUUACUCUCCAUACGAACCCCUUGAUCGUGAUGGGAAUCAGAGACUCUAUGGAAAUAAUUAUUUCAGGGCAGAUACUCAGGAUCAAUGGGGCACUGCACUGUAUUACAUUUUGAAGUUUGAUCGAAGAAUAGCAGACAUGAGUUUUGAUUAUCAGAAUCAAAUCCUAUCUCUCUUGACUUACGACCAAAGUUUAAUUCAGUUUGGAACCAAACUGAUCUCAUCUGGUGGGUCAAACCCAUUUCUCGAAUACUGUGAACUCCCGGAAACUGUGGUUAAGAAUGCGUGCUAUGAUGUUGCCCCCGUGGAUAGCACCACGAAGGGGACAGAGCCCUCUAACACAGUGUACCUACCAAUAGAUAGUUAUGGGAGAAGAAAGCUACGUUAA